CUCAUGUCCAACAUCAUCCAGCUGCUGACUGGAGAGGUUGCCAUAAGGACUCAUCAUGUUUCCAUCUAUUUUUCCCUGCAGGAGUGGGACUAUAUGAAAAGAUACAAGACCUUUCACAAGAAAGGGAUAAAGGAGGAGCCCCAGCAGCUCCGCCCACAGGGUCAGGAUUUUGAUAUUAUAAGAGAUGUUGCAGCAAAUGCAAUUAAAGAGAAGGAAUUGCGAAAAUCCGAUUGCAGCAUUAAUCCAUUUACAGAACAGAUACAGGGAACAGAUACACCUACUCCUAUCAUGGGAUGCAGCCUGAAUAACAGCUCAGCAGAGGACUUUAUAACAGUUGUUAUUAAAGAAGAACCAGCUUCAUGGGAAGAGGGAGACCAAUCAGAUUGCAGCAUUAAUCCAUUUACAGAACAGAUACAGGGAACAGAUACAUCUUCUCCUAUCAUGGGAUGCAGCCUGAAUAACAGUUCGGCAGAGGAUUAUAUCUCAGUUGUUAUUAAAGAGGAAGUGACUUCAUGGGAAGAAGAAAAUCACUUUGCUGAACAAACACAAGGAACAGACACAUCGACUCUCAUGGGGCGGAGUCUGAAUAGCAGCUUGUUCCCUAAGGAUACAUCCAAAGAUGAAUUGAAUUCAUGUAAAAAAGACCAUAAUUACUGCAACAAAAAUAAAAAACGCAAACUGGGAACUAAACAAUCAGCUCCUAUCAUGGGCUGCAGCCUGAAUACCAACUCAGCAGACCAUUAUGUAUCAAAUAAUAUUAAAGAGGAACCAGCUUCAUGGGAAGAGGAAAGCCAAUCAGAUUUCAGAAUUAUUACAAUACCAGGUACAGAUGAGACUACUAGCAGCAGUGGAUACAGUCUGUAUAACAGUCACACAUAUAUCAAUAACAAAGGGGAAACUAUUGAUGACUCCAAACGUCCCUUAAGGAAGCCCCCCGCGCAGGGAAAGUUCCGUUGCUCCGUGUGCAAUAAACUCUUUCAAACGAAGACGACUCUCACUCGCCAUCAGAGAAUCCACACAGGAGAGAGACCGUAUUCUUGUCCUGAUUGUGGGAGACGGUUUACACAAGUUUGCACUCUUACUGUGCACCAGAGAAUUCACACGGGAGAGAAACCAUUUAUUUGCAGUGAUUGUGGCAAAUGCUUUACUAGUCUGUCGCAGAUCACUGAGCAUCGCAGGAUUCACACAGGGGAGAAGCCCUUCUCAUGUCCUGAGUGCGGCAAAUGUUUUGCACAUCGCUCCACCCUUAAAAACCAUAAAUCCGUUCACACGGGAUAGAAACUGCACGUCUGUACCCAAUGUGGUAAUUGUUUUACCCGUCUGCAACUGCUGAGUGAACCGCUCAAGACUCACACAAGAUAGAAGCCGUCCUGACGCUCUGAUUGUGAGAAACGUUUCCUAUAUCACUCGCAGUUCAGCACUUGCUGUACAACUCACGCAGCAAAUAAAAACAGUUUUUCGCUGUCGCAGUUUCUGUCAGUCCAAACCAUUAUUUACUUUCAUUUAAGGGUCCGUAACACUAAAUAAAGUUUUAGCCACAACUAAAUGCAAUCUAGUUUUUUUUCACGAUCUUUUAAGAUCUCUGUGUAAAUAUGCAAGGGAAAAAAAAAAGAAAAAAAAUCAUUGGGAUGAAAACUAAAUUUUUUUUGUGCUUCUUCCUUGUGCCUCGUGUAUAAUGGAUUAUUUUAAUAGUGGAAGAUGAAUUUCCCAUUUGGAAAGGCUAAUUAAAGGUGUCUAUGACUGUACCAGGGCUUACUAACUCACUUAUUCACUGAAUAAAUGAAAGAAUUUCUA